AUGUACUGUACAGUAGGAAGUAGAAAAGAUGAGGGCAACAUAGCAUUGAUGAUAUAUGCGUCAAUGGAAGGUUAUCGCUUCCGUUCUUUUGAUGGUGUGAUAUCCCCUGGAUCACAAUAUUACAAUGAACUGGAUCUGACAGCCGAUCGCUGGUCGAAAAUGGAUCCGCAUGAUGAUGAGGAGCAGCUUUCCGAUGCUGGCCCCGUGGAGACUGAAAAGGACCUUGAUGAGAAGUAUCCAAAUCGACCUCAUAACCACUCCCCUACAUUGCCCUUCCACGAGCUCUUCUUGUCCCUGUUCAACCCGUUAAACGAGAAUAAGAAGAAGCCUACCGGUCCUGCUGCUGUUGCGGCUGCAAGGAGGAAAGUCGGCCCAAAUGGCACGAGUGCAGCGAAUCUCACCCCCCAGGAACGUCGGCGCGAUAUCAUCCAGCGGUUCAUCUCGCGAUGGAGAAAAGAAGUCGGAGACGAUAUCUACCCGGCCUUCCGCCUCAUCGUCCCGGACAAGGACCGCGAUCGGGCCAUGUACGGGCUGAAAGAGAAAGUUAUUGGCAAGCUACUCGUCAAAAUCAUGAAGAUCGACAAGCACUCGGAGGAUGGAUUUAGUCUGCUGAACUGGAAACUGCCCGGCCAGAGCGCAGCCAGCCGGAUGGCGGGCGACUUUGCCGGACGAUGCUACGAAGUCAUCUCCAAACGGCCGAUGAGGACUGAGGUCGGCGAUAUGCUCAUCGAGGAAGUCAACGAGAAGCUGGACCAGCUCUCUGCGGCCUCCAAGGAAGAGCAGCAGCUCCCCAUUCUGGCGGAGUUCUACCGGCGGAUGAACCCGGAGGAGCUGAUGUGGCUCAUCAGGAUCAUCCUCCGACAGAUGAAGAUCGGUGUUUCGGAGCGGACGUUUUUCGAUGUGUGGCAUCCGGACGCGGAGAGGCUGUUCAGCAUCUCCAGCAGCCUUCGUCGCGUGUGCUGGGAGCUCCACGAUCCGAAUAUCCGGUUGGAGGCCGAUGAACGGGGCGUUUCGCUUAUGCAGUGCUUUCAGCCUCAACUGGCCCAGUUCCAGAUGCAUUCUUUCGAACGGAUGGUGGAGCGAAUGAGGCCCACGGAGGAUGAUCCCGUUUUCUGGAUCGAAGAGAAGCUCGAUGGCGAGCGCAUGCAGCUUCACAUGGUAUCAGAUGACUCGAUAGAAGGUGGGAAGAGGUUUGGGUUCUGGUCACGGAAAGCCAAGGAUUAUACGUAUCUUUACGGCAAUGGGCUGAACGACCCCAACGGUGCUCUCACGCGCCAUCUGAAAGACGCGUUUGCUGAGGGUGUGGACAACAUCAUUCUGGAUGGCGAGAUGAUCACCUGGGACCCCGAGCAAGAUGCUCCGGUCCCCUUUGGGACCCUCAAAACCGCCGCACUGUCAGAACAACGUGACCCGUUUUCUAAAGGCCCGCGGCCACUGUUUCGAGUCUUCGAUAUUUUGUAUCUUAAUGAUCGGGACCUGACCAGGUAUACACUCCGUGACCGGCGAAAUGCGUUGGAGAAGAGCAUCAAACCGGUUCAUCGAAGAUUUGAGAUACACCCAUACCAAGAGGCCACCAAAGCUUCCGACAUCGAGCCGAUCCUUAGGAAGGUUGUUGCAGAAGCAUCAGAAGGACUGGUCCUGAAGAAUCCAAGGUCGCCUUACCGUCUGAAUGAACGGCACGAUGACUGGAUGAAGGUCAAGCCGGAAUACAUGUCUGAGUUUGGCGAAUCGCUGGACGUCAUCGUGAUUGGGGGUUAUUAUGGUUCUGGACGUCGCGGUGGCAAUCUCUCCAGCUUCCUAUGCGGACUCCGGGUCGACCAGGCUCAGGUCCAGAAAGGAGCAAAUCCGAUGAAAUGCUAUUCCUUCUGCAAGGUUGGAGGCGGCUUCACCGCGGCCGAUUAUGCAAAUAUCCGUCACCACACGGACGGGAAAUGGAAGCCGUGGGACCCCAAUAAACCUCCCACUGAGUACAUUGAAUUGGCAGGGGGAGACGCCCAGUAUGAGCGGCCUGAUAUGUGGAUCAAGCCGGAUGACUCGGUAGUCCUCUGUGUCAAGGCCGCUUCUGUCUCCGUCAGCGACCAGUUUCGGCUUGGUUUGACGCUACGAUUCCCUCGAUUCAAGAGGCUGCGCAUGGACAAGGACUGGAAAACAGCAUUGUCAGUGCAAGAGUUUCUGGAUCUCAAAUCGAACGUGGAGCAGGAGCAGAAAGAAAAGCAGUUUACUGUCGACAAUUCCCGCAAGAAACGGAUAAAGAGAACCACCAAGAAGCCUCUCACCGUCGCUGGUUACGACGCUGAUGCACAAGUUCAAUAUCAGGGCCCUUCGGGACACAUUUUCGACGGGUUGAAUUUCUUUAUCAUGACGGAAUCCAGUGCACCGGUAAAGAAAUCCAAGCUCGAGUUGGAGCAACUGGUCAAAUCGAACGGGGGAAAGAUUUACCAGACGAACACGGCUGCUCCGGACACCGUGUGUAUCGCUGACCGAAGAACGGUCAAGGUAGCAUCCUUGCAGAAAAGCGCCAAAGAGAACAUCAUCCGGCCGCUGUGGCUUUUCGACUGCAUCAAGCAGAAUGAGGCUGAUGCAGGGUUGCCAAACUUUCUCCUUCCAUUGGAACCACGACACAUGUUCUUUACCAAGGAGGAUCAGCGAGAUGAGAUCGAAGGGAACGUGGACAAGUUCCAUGAUAGUUACGCGAGGGACACCACUGUGGAGGAGCUCAAGGUGCUCCUCGAUAACAUGAAGGUACCCGGCAAGAUGAACCACGCCCAAGUCUCCCAGAUCACAGAACGACUGUUUGCGCGGGCUCAACAAGAAGGGCAAGACCGCGGACAAGGGAUAUCUCCAGGCUGGCUCUUCAAGGGUCUCACGAUCUACUUCCACCACGACCCGUCGUCGGCCACCAAUUCGCACCGCCUCCGUCUAGCAUCCAAUCUGGCUCGAUUUGGCGGGGCCAGCAUUGCCAGCACGUACGACACGUCGAACAAGAACAAAGACAAAGGCGUAACCCACGUCAUCAUCGAUCCCUUAUCGACAGAGGCUCCCGAGCAACAACUCUCCUCCCUCAGGAAAACUUUAUCGUCUCACGCUGCUUCGGGCAUGCGAAUCCCCCAUCUGGUCACUGUGGAAUGGAUCGAAGAGUGCUGGAAGGAGCGGACGUUGUUGGAUGAAGAGACUAUGCUAGCUAUGUUCUACGCUGUACUUGUGUACUUGUAUGUACUGUACAAUACUACUACCAUGGUGAGAUGA